UGAAGAGGCAACACACGGCCUUAUUUGCUCGUGUGCGUCGCUAGCUACAUACAGUACUGUACUACGAUCACUCACCCAAGGAUAAAAGUGGUGGUUUGAGGAGCAAAGCAGAUUUGUUGAGGGCGAAGGUGUAAGUUACUUGUCAGAUCGGGGGCCACCCUCCAAAGCCGACCACAGUGGGAGCCAAGAUGACGAUCUGGACAGAAUCUUGUGAUUCAAAAUCGAGUUGGUUGAAGUUCAAGAUUGCGGCGGGGGACAUUGGACGAGUUGCUGGACGCACCAACCUCCAACCAUUCAAAUGCGACCAUACGUAUCAUUUGAGUCAUGCACUGAGGUGUUGGCCCAUGAGCUCACUCUCACAUACUAGUACGUACAUGUAGCGCUUGCGUUAGGAACAACACGCCUUCACUUCAGCUGAACGCAGUGCUUUCCACGAGAACUCGACACUCGCUUCCUCCCCUUAAAGUGGCAAGAGUUACCUUUCAUUCUUCAAUUGGCUUCCACGUCCGCAAGACAUCACGUCGCCAUGGCCAAUCCAUCUGAAAUUCCGUACGUCCAACAAGACGUGUCCGUCGACACGGCCGGCUACAAGCGCAAGUUUGUCGUGCACUUGGUGCUGAUCGUGCUGUUGGUCGUGAACGUGAUCGUGUUGUACGUGCUCCACUUCAACGACUCGUCGAGCUCGGGUGUCAAGAUCACAGCGGACGCGUUCACGUCGAACGGGGACAUUGCGAGCAAGGUCGUGAGUUUCACGUCGACGGGCGCCGUGCGCGCGGGCGCCGGCACGACCGCGUACCUGGACGCGGCGCCCUUGCCCGCGGACGAACUGGCGUUCAUGUCGCUCGCCCGCAGCGGCGUGGACAACUCCAACACGGCGAUCCUGUCGUACUUUUUGAGAAACAAGACCACGUCCGUGCUCACGACUGUGACGGUGGGCAAGGACAACUCGGCCAAGAUCGCCGACGUGGCCAAGGACAACAGCUUCGCGGGCGUCCAGAUCCGCGGCAUCGCCACGCUGAGCAACACCAAGGCGGUGAUCCUGCAGUCCACGUCCAUGGGCGUCGUGCACGUGCUCCCCGUGAACAUUGCCGCCGACAAGUCUGUGGCCGCCGUGGCCGCGCAAAAGGUGCAGCUCGCCAACGGGUCCGUGUCCAACACCCUGGGGCGCAUCUCGGCCACGCAGUUCGCUGCGACCACAUUUGAAACGUACGUCGUGAACGGCUCGUGGUGGCAGAAUAUCCACGUGGGCACGGUGUCCCCCGCCGACGGAUCCAUCUCCGUGUCCGCGCCGCUGCGCUUCGGCGUCGCCAACGAGUACUCUGGGUCGGACUCGUGCACCAACUCCAAGCCCCAGGCGGUGCCGGCCAUCCCCGGCGCGUUCGUCGUCACCUGGUUCAACUCGAACCCGGUGAACCGGUCUGGCUUGUGCGUGGUCUUGGCGGUGGCCAACGCCACGGGCGUGUUCCAGCUGGGCGAAGUGUGCAACAAGAACUACCAGCCCGCCUACUUUUUGGACUCGACGUCGCUCUCGGAUAACCUCGUCGCACUCACGUUUUACGACAAGGCCAACAACAAUGCGCUUACGAUCGCCACCGUGGCCAUCACGAGUGCGCAAAAGAUCGUGUUCCGCGGCGACUACGUCAUCCAGGCGGUGGCCGGUGCGUUCGACUUUGGCUCGUUCUACGGGUGGUCGCCCAAGCCCAGCGUGCACUCGAUUAGCGCCGACCGCCUCGCGGUGUUGUUCUUGAACCCCAACAACCUCGGCCGCCCCACCACCCAAGUGUUCAAGGUCACCGACUCGUUCUCGCUCGAACCCGUGACCCCGCUCAUGCGCCUCUCCAACGGCGACUUCUCCCUCGUCGGCGCGUCCGCAGCGCCCAUGUCGGGCGCCGUGACCCUGGACAUCGUGCCCGUGUCCAACUCGAGCUUCAUCGCCGUCUACUCGGGCACGCUCGACAAGGUGCAGCACAAGCGCGUGACGGUCGUCGAGUUCCUCGGGGCCCCCGUCGGCGUCGGGUCGGGCGCGAACGGCGUCGUGUUUGGCGGCGCCGCCAAGAUCGACAACGCCGACUUUACCGUGGGCAAAACCUACUUUACGACCACCAAGGGCGACAUCCUCGCCGCCACCGCGUCCGACGUCGGCGCCGAGUACUACUUUUUGAGCAACACCACCGUCGUGUCCAAGGACUCGCGCGUCGGCGUCGCCGUGAGCAAAAACACCAUCUACGUGUCCACGUCGGCCUAAACAUAUACUAAUGUUACUAAACUACUCGUUAGUUUCUGCACG